UCGUACCGGUAGCCUACUGGAACAGUUGAUGAAGUGAGAGACUGCUCCCAGGAGGAAUCCUGGCAGGAGACCGAUCUCGAAACUAGUUUCAGCAAGGACAAGCUGGGCUAGAAACCUUCGAUUAGCAAGAGGGGUGUGUGAUGGAUAUUCACUAUCCAGGCCCCAGAGGCUAAACUCAGCUUUUUAAGACAGCAGAAGAAACUGUCUAAAGUUCAAGAUGUUUACUGUUAAAUGUUGAAUCUUUAACCAGUACUAUUUACCCAUCCUCUUCAGAAGCAACACUGUCCAUGUUGACCUAAUUAAACCUCCUGCCUCCUGACCUGAUCAAAACAGUUGAGAAAACACCACAUGCAGUUGAGGUCCUCACUAGAUGACUGGCAAAAAAAACCCGAUAUAAAUAUCAGAAGGCAGUAAGGGUGGGGAGGGGUUACAGAGAUGAAGACAUAGAGUCUGCUCCUCAGCCUCGACCCGAGAAGGGUCUCUUCCCAGAGCGACCUUUUUGCGACGGACGAGUUGUUCGUCUGCAACUCAUUGGUAUGUUUGUCUAGUUUGUAGGAAUUGUACUUGUGUUUGGAAAUCCUUUGUAGAAUUAUAACCUCUGUUCGAAUUUACUCCUCUAAUAAACGUGCCCCAUUUGAAUAACUGUGUUUAAUCUGCUUCGUUAGCUGGAAGUAUCUCCUCCUUGGUUGGGGGGGGGGGGGCACCGCUGGAAAUAAUGAUUAUUGACAGCUAACUCCUUCAGAAAAGAGACUAAAGUAGUUAAGUAAAUUAGGUUAAUACAGUAUCAUCUCCCUAAAGUGAGGGUACUGAUCGAUACCUAUAACUAAUAAGACAAGGUCUCGACUUAAGUUUAGGGCUCUAGAACGGGUACACUCAAUAUCAUCACAACUGACUCAAUCACAACUGAGUCUGCUCUGCUCGGCUUGACCCAGCCCCCGAUUUUUGCUGCAUGGGGAAGACGGGUGGAGAGAGAAUGCAGGCGGUAAUGCCCCAUUCUCAUCCGGCAGAAGAUACCUGCAGCCCUGCAGCGGCCGACAAAUCCACUCCCAUCCAUCCUGCCGUCUCCCAAAUGCCCGAUUAAAUUGGGCGUUCGUUACCCGAGGAGGAUCUGUACUGAAUUAACCAGCGAUUGUAAGAAAUUGGUUAGAAUUACGUUCUGCCUGCCAUAAUGUAGCAGACAUAGGAUGGAGAUGAAUUUCUGAGUGCAGUCAAUUUUCAGAACGCUGCUCCACAGUCCCUCUUGACUGACAAAAUCAAAGGCAUUAAAGACCAUGCAAUGGUUGGUGCUGCUCCCUUUAUUUCUCUCGGAGCUGUCAUGAGAUGAUGACUCUGAUUCAGGGAGGAAGCAGGAGAGGACCCUCGCGAACACACAGCAAGGAGAAGCCUCUUUAGUUACUUAUGCAUUUGGAGGAUUCUGCAGGCAGUUUUAAUGCGGACUUUCCACUGAUCACUGUCCUAACACCAUGCAACUUUUUGCUUCACUCAACAAGCUUCCAUCUGCUUAAAGCCGCAACAGAACUGCAGAGUGUGUGCCAACUCGGGUCUUGCCCAGGCUGGAUCCCGCCCCCUCCCCCAUCCUGAUUGGUUGGAGGAGGACUUUGGCCGUCGGGACCCUCUCCCUGCUUUCCAUUGGUCCAACCGGCACGUCAUUCACAGGGGGAGGGGGCAACAUCUGCUGAGCAUGCGCGGACCGUGGCGACAAUGAGUGACGCAGAAGAUUCUGUCACUCACCUGCAAACCAGGGCCAAUUAACUUACCAACCUGCACAUCUUGGGGGAGGAAGAGACCAGAGUACCCGGAUGAAACCCAUGUGGUUACAGGGAGAAUGUACAAACUCCAGACAGGCUGCACCCAAGGGUGUAAUAAGCAGAGAAUUUGCAGAUGGGAAGCUUGAACCAAACUUCACAUCAAAAUAUGACCGUCUUUCAAUAUUAUCACUCUUUGAAUAUAAAAGGAGAAAUUUUAAUCUGUUCUGUCUGUGGCAAAAGAUUUCAGACAUCAAUAUUACUGGAAAAACACUGAGACACAUUUAAUGCACAUGUUGGAAAGGACAUCAGUUACAGAGCCUGAAAGAUCAUCUAACCAUUCACAGCAGUGAGAAACUGUGUUCUGUGUGUGUGUGAUCGAGGCUUCAUUUGACUGUGUCUCCUGAAGGAAGACAAGGACCUUGGAUCAUGGAGGCACCAUGGAAAUGUGGGGACUGUGGGAUGGGAUUCAAUGAUCCAUCUGAUCUCGAAACUCAUCAACGCACUCACAGCAAGGAGAAGAGGUUCACCUGCUCCAUGUGUGGGAAACAAUUUGGUCAGUUAUCUGACCUCCUAAGACACCAGCGAGUUCACACCGGAGAGAGGCCAUUCACCUGCUCAGUGUGUGGGAAGGGAUUCACUCAGUCGUCCAACUUGGUGGCACAUCAGCGACUUCACACCGGAGAGAGGCCAUUCACCUGCUCCCUCUGUGGGAAGGGGUUUGCUUAUUCCUCCAAUCUGCUGAGACACCAGCGAGAUCACAUUGGCGAUAGACCAUUCACUUGCUCGGUGUGUGGGAAGGCUUUUAUUCAGUCAUCCGACCUCCUGAUUCACCAGCGGGUUCACACCGGGGAAAGGCCGUUCACCUGUUCGGUGUGUGGGAAGCAGUACACUCGUUCAUCCAACCUCCUGACACACCAGCGAGCACAUACUGGGGAGAGGCCGUUCUCCUGCUUUGUUUGUGGGAAGGGAUUUGCGCAGCUAUCCCACUUAAAGUCACACCAACGAGUUCACACUGACCGGAAAACCUUUGAUUGCUCUAAUUGUGAGAAGAGCUGUAAGAGCUCAGAGGAUCUGCUGAGGCACCAGCGAGCUCACACCACAGAGAGACUGUUCUCCUGCUCUGAGUGUGGGAAGGGAUUCACUCAGUCAUCACACCUGCUCAAACACCAGCGAGUUCACACUGGGGAGAGACCAUUCACAUGCUCCAUGUGUGGGAAGGGAUUCAAAUGUUCAUCCAACCUGCUGAUGCAUCAGCGAAUUCACACGGGGGAGAGGCCGUUUACCUGUUCCAUCUGUGGGAAGGGAUUUGCCCAGUCAUCCAGCCUGCUUACUCACCAACGCGUUCACACUGGGGAGAAGCCGUUCUCCUGCUCCGUGUGUGGGAAGGGAUUCACUUGUUCAUCCAACUUGCUGGUACACCAGCGAGUUCACACUGGGGAGAGGCCGUUCUCCUGCUCUGUGUGUGGAAAGGGUUUCACUCAGUCGUCCCACCUGCUGAUGCACCGGCGGGUUCACACUGGAGAGAGGCCGUUCUCUUGCUCGGUGUGUGGGAAGGGAUUUGCCCGUUUAUGCAAUCUGCAGACACACCAGCGAAUUCAUAAGUGAUUGCUGGAUUUGUGUUCAGUUGUGGUUGUUGAUCCCUUAUCAUUCUGACAGUCAGGGUUUGAUUCUGUUGAUGUUAAACUGUUGAGAAG